UAUGUGUGGGGAAGGCAGAGAGUGAGUGAGAGAGAGCGUGCGUGUGUGUAUGUGUGUGAGAGAGAGGUCUACAUCUGAAUGAGCUCCUGUCCUGUGCAGACAUACUCGGAACUUUUUUGCAACCCAUUUUGAGAUUUAAGACAGAAUCAGAGAAUGGAAAAUGAGACCACCACAUGGAUACCAAAUAUAAAGAGCAUAACUGUGAGUAAAAAACAGGGGUAACAGUAAAGGGGGUGAAGAACAAAACAGAUAGCAAUUGGUACUCUUCUAUGUAGGAAUGUAUGUUGUCUACACAGUAGUUACAAGAAGAAAGAAGCAUGGCUUGAUGUAGACAUGUAUAGUUUUUGGGAUAGUUGCUUUGGAAAAAAUACUUUGAGCAAUUUCAAGGAUUCUUAUUUCGCUUAUCAGCUUUCCUCCACCCCGAGAAUGGCAUUUGCACAGACUUGUCAGGCUAUGACAUGCAUGGAGUCACAUUAUGCGAAGUUAUCAAAAGCACUGUGAAAUAUAGAACUGAAAAUAGUAUUAGCGUGGCAAGACAAUGAUUCAUUUAUUAUGUAUUGUGUAAUGUACUGCAUUUGUAUUGUCACCAGUGGUUCAGAACAGAAACAUAAAAGGUGACUUAAAAGGAAGUGACUUAAGCUGAAAGGCAGAGCAAGGGACUUGUGGGGGGCUACCUGAUGGUUGGAUGAGCAGUAUCUCAUUACUUUUAUAGUAGGCACUGAAUGACAGGGAGCAGUCUUGAAGCUACUGUGUAACGGAAGUAAUUGAUGUCUAGAAGCAUAGAGAUCAUUGCAGAUCUAGACACAUUCUGAAUCCUGACCAGAUGGGGGCUGGCGUUCGCUCCAUGUGCAUUCAUCUGUAAAUCUACUCAGCUAGCAACCUCAUAGAGAAAGACACCACAUCACAUUCCUUUUGGUGAUGGCUGGAAGUCUGUUGGGAUUCGUCCGAAGCCUCGAGAACGAUACAUCUAGCUCUGAAUCUCAGCCACCAACAAGCACAGACUUUAAACUCCUUGACAAGGCUCUAAAAAGACUACACAAACUGCACAGGCUGUGCACUGAUCCACGGCUAUGUCUAAAGAAUAGUCCACCUUACCUCCCUGAGCUGGUGAGGGAGACUGUAAACCUCGUGAUGGAUAUAUGGACUCCUUAUAGAAGCCCAGUCUCAGCCGUGCCACGAGGGGACGAGGGGGAGUACCUGAGGAUCCAUGUCCAACACUUGCUGAAUAAGACAGACAGGGCCAUCCUGCUGUUCAAAGAGGGCAAAGAGAAGAUGUUUGAGGAAAAGUCAAACUACAGGAGAAACUUGACAAAGCUCUCUUUGCUGUUCAGUCAUAUGCUGUGGGAACUACGGGCUAUAUUUCCAGGUGGCCAGUUUCAGGGCGAUACCUACAACCUGACCAAGACAGAGGCAAGAGAGUUCUGGAGGAAGAUGUUUGGACAGAAGUGCAUCGUUAAGUGGAGUAUGUUUAAGCAGCAUUUGAAAAGUGUUCAUAACUUUGAAGAGGGAAUGGAGGCCAUGGCUCUGAAGUCAACAAUUGACCUGACUUGUAAUGAUCACGUUUCUAUCUUUGAGUUUGACAUCUUCACCAGACUGUUUCAGCCUUGGUCGACACUGCUGAGGAACUGGAAUCAUUUAGCAGUGACUCACCCAGGUUACAUGGCCUUUCUCACUUACGACCAAGUACAAGCCAGACUGGAUCACCACAAACAUCGUCCUGGCAGCUACAUCUUUCGUCUCAGCUGCACCAGAAUGGGCCAGUGGGCAAUCGGUUAUGUGGCCCCCAAUUGCAGCAUUGUACAAACCAUUCCAGAGAAUACACCUCUGUACCAGGCUCUAAUACAAGGCUUCAGACAGGGAUGCUACUUGUACCCAGAUGGACGUGAUGUGAACCCUGAUCUCACUGCCCUGUGUAUGCCAUCUCAGAAGGGUCGCAUUAAAGUUACAGAGGAACAAUAUGAGUUAUAUUGUGAAAUGGGCAGCACAUUUCAGCUGUGUAAGAUUUGUACAGAGAGAGAAAAGGACACUCGCAUUCAACCUUGUGGACAUCUGCUUUGCCGGCCCUGUCUCAUUGGCUGGCAGAAGUCAGAUGCACACACCUGCCCUUACUGCCGCUGUGACAUUGAAGGGACAGAGUCCAUCCUUAUUGAGCCAUAUCGGGCCACAAGAAAUACCAGACUGGAAAGAAGAGAAGAAGACGAGGAAGAUGAUGACGAUGAUGAUGAUGAUGAUGAUGAUGAUGAAGACCAUGAAGAUGUGGAACUAGUCAUGAAAAAACUGGCUGCCAUGAAAAGGGCAUCACAAGAGGAGUAUCAGGUUCCUAGUUCCAGUUUAGUACCCCCUCCACUUCCACCAAAACAGAACGCCAUGUCUUCCCCAUGCCAGUCUCCCAAACUACGCAGCUGUCCUCCCAUCAGAGAGAGGCUGGUUAAAGGUCACAGUAACUCCGCUACCUGUAACAAUGUGCGACAUUCAGAAAUCCAUCUAAAUCAGACUGAGGAAACCCCAGACAGAUGGCUGCAACGUGAUGCUGAGCAGAGCCAUACAUCAUUCUUCCAGGCAGGCAGAAAAGGUGUAGUCCCAUGGACAGGGCCUGCACAUUCAGCAAAAAAGAAGAAAGAGAGAAGAAGUGAGGAGGUAGAAGCCAGGAGUGAUUUGGAAACAGAGUUGUUAGCAGGAAGACAAAGUCAAAACAGCUCUCAGGGACAGAGACAGCUCUCAUCUUUGACAUUCCAGAAGGAUUUCACAAUGGAAACGAAUAUAACGAAAAACUGAAUUAUGUUCUCUCGCUGUAAAAAAUCUCUGAAUGGAAAAAUGGGGAAAAAACAUUCUAAAACAUCAAUUUCAUAUUCAUAUAUUCAAAACAUCAUAUUUUUACUGUAACAAUUUUUAAACCUUAACAAAUUUGCUGUAUAAAAUACUGUUUACUUUCAAAAGUAAUGUUAAAAUACCAUCAUGUAUUAAACAAACUUUUACCUUCAAAUUUACCUACCCAGACUGUUGCAUAUACAGACUGCACUUGUAUCAGUGGACCUUUCAUGAACGAAUAAAUAAAUAAAUAAAUAAAUAAAUAAAUAAAUAAAUAUUUGUCCAAAAAGAGUUACAUAAUAGUUACA